CAGAAAGUAAACCGAACAAUCAUUCAACAUGAAAAGUGGAGUGAAAGAAGAAAAGCAAAAUAAUGAACAAAAAAUCGAUUGCACAUGCGUCGAAUUUUCGCUGUGAAAAUGAUUUUUUUUUGGUUUAAAUUCAGUUUUGUAUAAAUGUUUUGGUUGCUGGUUGAGAGGGGAGAAAAUCUAAAAGUUAUCAGUAUUGCACUGAGAUGGACAGUCUGCACGUGCACGUCCAUCGAAAAGGUGUUUCAUAAAAAUAUAUAAAAUUGUUGUUCAUCAAUUUCCUGGAAAAAUUGUACCAAAUAAAUAAAUAUUUUGGCAACGUUCAAUGGAACAUUUAAAAUUUGAUCGAAAGUUAUACUCAGUAAUAUAAAGAAAAAAUAUUUUUUUUGUUGAACUAAAAUAAAAUAAAAAUAAAAAAAAUCUGCAGCCACAUAAGGUAUUCUACCUACACCCGAUAUUUCAUUCCAUUUUAUCUAUCUUCUUCAAAGAAUUGAAAUAAAUGUUUCCGAUUUUCUAUCACUGCGAGAGAAAAAAGAUUGGAAAAUUUAUUCAACAUUUCAAUAACCAACGUGUUCGAUUAUUAUUUACAAUGAAAACAGAAAAUCUAACUUAAACUUAAACGAAAACGAAAAAAAAUUCAAAUGCAAAUCGCGUUCAUAUAAAUAUACCCACUACGUAUAGCGAAAGCAUUCGUCGAAACGUGUAUGUGGGUAGAAGAGAGAAUAAAUGUCUUCAAUUCAAUUGAGCUGAAGAGAGUAGAAUCGGGUGAAGAAAAACCAAAAAACGAAUUGGGAAAAACUCACAAAAUCUGACUACAAAACCGUGAGCAGAGAAAAAAGCUUUGCUUUUAACGGCAAAGCAGAAAAAGUUCCAUCGUUUACAUGGGAACUUUGUCGGUUUUUAUUUCCAGAUUCAGUUGGUCUUGAGUUUUUCUUUGGAACGUUACAAAUCCGGUGGCAGUGGCAUUCAAGUUUUUUCAUUUUAUUGGGGAAUAUAAUAUAAUCAUCAGAUAUAAAGUAUACUUAGUAAAGCAAAAGAAAAUAAUCUCACAUUGAAUCACACAAAAUUUAUUUUAAUUGAAUAUUCUGUGUUUAUGUUUAUCAGAAUUUUCUUAUUUUGAUUGCUUGGCUUGAUUAUGAUACUCAUUUCAUCGAAAUUGAAUUGAAUUAAUUGAAAAUAAUAAUAAUUAAGCACACCAGUCGCUGUUGAUAUUGUGAGCUGAGGUUUAUUGGAAAUAUAAUUGGAAAUAUUUAAAAAUUGGUCAAACUGAAAUUAAAUUCGAACGAGAAAAAAAAGUGUUAAAGGACUAUAUAGUGACUAUAAGUAUCAGUGUUAUGCAGACAAUUUGAAAUGACCGUUUAUGGAAUUGAGCAAACAUUCACCAGAAAUUCAGUGAAAAGUGAACAGCUAAAUAUCCACAAGAUCAAAUACAAUCUCAGCACCGAGCUAUAAUCUGUCAAAAAAAUUGGAGCCAUUCAAAAUCAAGAGAAUAAAAAAAAGUCAGGCAACUUGGCCACACGUUCUUUAAAUAAUAACAGAUCACAGAAGAGUUUAUGUGCUGAUGAAAAUUGUGACAAAUCCGGUAGCCUCCAGAUACAAGACAGUGGACGAUCUGUUGUUGUGUCAUCGCCUAGCAAAAGUACCGCUGAGAACGGUGCCAAGGGUAAGGGGACCAUGCGUGAGGCUUUUCCUAGCCUCCCGUUUGGUUCCCCGGCUUUGGACAGAGACAGUCGUGGCAAAGACAGAACGGUAGAACGUGACGCCCAACAGUUGAACGCUACGAAUUUAUCAUCAUCAAGUAUUUCCACGAGCCCAGCUACACACACACAUCGGGACGAUUUUCCUAGAAACAUUGAACGAGAGAGCUCUUUCUCGGUGAUUAAUACUGACGCUAACACGAAACAAACAUCGGCCAGUGCCACGGCCGUUACCCCUGUGCCUCUCUCCCACCCAGGAGAGCUGGAGGAGUUACAAUCGAUUCUCCAUUUCCCCGAAGAAGUAGCCUUACGACUCACAGAUGCGGAAUAUCAAUUAUUCUAUCAGGUGCCUCCUGUUGAUUACUUUAAGCAUGUGAUAUUAGAACUACAAAAUGAAAGCGGGACACUACUCGUUCAGACCAAGUCAACAAUACGAGCAUUGCAGAAGAGAUUUGAUGAAGUUUGUUCAUGGGUAACUCAUUUCAUCAUCAGUCAACCAACGCACGAUGAACGAAAAGCCGCAUUCUCUUGCCUCCUUAGGGCUGCACUUACGUGCUGGAAUAUUGGCAAUUUUAAUGGCGCUAUGGAGAUCACAACCGGAUUGCGGUCCAUUCAAUUAAAGUCCCUACUGACAACCUUCACAGAAAAGGGGAAGAUACCAGUCCUAGAAUUCUUGUCAGCCGCAUUAGAAUCGGCCGAAUAUGAACGAGCAUUGGGACGGGGACUGGCAAUGCCAGAGUGUCGCGUUGUGCCAUGUUACAAAAUGUUCCUGAAGGAAUUGAAAGAUAUUGUGUCAAAUUGUCCAUUAAACAUAUCUGUGUCGUCACCGGAUGUCGACGUAGAGCAUAUCACAAUAGGUAAUCGUCAUAGUUCCCACAGUAUGUUCGAGACCAUCAAUCGGGGUGUACAGACUAGUGGUCGAUUGGAUACGAAACGAGAAAGUCCAAUACUUCCGUCAAGGGUAUUUAAUCGACAAGUGUACAUUUCCGAUUACAAUGGCGAUGGCGAUUUAAAUUUUACCAAAUUCGAAUCACUGGGACUGUUGAACGAUGACCAAAUGUAUAAAAUUCAAGCUGUUAUGGAUCACAUUGACCUUUGUCAUCAGCAUCAUCAUUGCCUCAGUCGGGAAUCAUCGACGGGCUUAUUAGACUACUUACGUACUGCUUCAUUGGGACCACGUCAGCUGGCAGCUGCAUCUACAUAUCAUCCAGAGCUUGAGGAACUCGAGGAGGACUAUGAAGUGGAAAUCGGAAAUUAUAAUCCAGUGCAACCGCUUCUGCAUGAUCAUGCGGUUUGCAUGAUUCCGAUUUCAUCACCACAUCACAAAGUGGAUCAUCAUAUAUUACAGAUUCUUCAUCAUGGAACCACUGCGAUUAUAUGCGAGCCGGACACAUCACCAAGUCCGUCUUGUUACGUGUAUUUUCGAUUGGAACGUUCCUGUGCCAUGGUUUCGUGGCACCGUUCAUCAUGGCGUAAAUUGAAAACGAACCAAGAAUAUAAUUUGGCUAUCAAUCCGGAGGAGUUGGUGUCACAGCGAGCAAGAUUUCGAAUGCCGGUCAGUUCGAACGAUACAGAAGGUCAAAAUACGAUGUUGGACGAUGGUUGCCUGGACUUGACUAUUGUUAAAGAAAUAACCAUCGGCUCCAGACAUCCCGAUCACAGUAAUGAAAUCUUGACCACGGGCAAACUUUUUGGAUUGACACAUCUGGAGUGCUGUAUAUCAAUUCUGUAUGGCCAUUCGCUGAAUGACAAUCGGGUAAUAAGUGUGCUCUGUUCACCCAUGCUGUGCAGACUGUGGUACGUUGGACUGAAUUUGAUAAUCAAAGGGAUCAAGAGACAACAGAAACUAGCCGAUCGAUCGAUGUUAUGGCUGAAGGAACAGUAUAUUCAAUUGUAUUUCGAGGAUUCGGGAUGCUGUGAGCCGCUUGCAGCUGAUGCUAUACGAGUAUUUGGCGGCAGAGAUUGGGCGAACACUGGCGUUUCCCAGAAUUCGACUCCGGCAACUGAAAGUGGUGAUAGUUUCAAACGCGAAGCAUCGAUCAAAUUUAAGAAAAAGAGAUCAGUCGUGAAUCUGCUAAGCCAGGCGACAACCAGUAGUACCAUUCCAGAGGCGGAAUGUAGCAAAGAUCGUGAUAGCAAAACGAAACAAUUGGAUCGAAGGAAGGACCGUACCGAGUCCAGUGAUCAUUUGUGGCAGAAUAUUAAGAAUUUUAGAGUCGGUUCAAUAACCUACGAAACACAGUUGGACUUUUUGGAUUUUAUAGCUUUAUUUAGGUCAUUUAGUUUGUUGGCACGCAAGGAUUUGAGGGAUCUAUUCGAUCAACUUUCCGUGACGAGGAAGAGCAAGACUCGGCUGAAUUCGGAAAAGAGUCGAAGUGCUCCAGAACUUUGUGCCUCCAUUUCAGGUCAACGAAAAAUAGGUCUUUUAACGAGAAACAGCUCACUUGACACAGAGUUCACCGACGCCCAAUGCGCCCAAAAGAAAAUUUUCAACGCAAUUGCUGCGUCCAGUAUAUUAGCUAAUUGUGCCGGGAUCGAUACUUCUAGUACGCAAGUCAUCACGUGUUCGACUUUGAUGAAAUUUUUGGAAGCUCGGCAAAUGGAAAUCAAAAGCGAAGAAGAAGUUCGGUCAAUAAUAAAAAGACACGAACCCGAUCCAACACUUCGCAUUGAAGGGAGCUUAAGCUUCGAAGGUUUUGCCAGAUAUAUGAUGGACAAGGACAACUACGCAUUCGUUAACGAACGCGUCAUUCAGUCGUCGUCGAAUAUGGAUCGUCCGCUGUCCCAGUACUACAUCGCCUCUUCACAUAACACCUACUUAACCGGUCAUCAAUUGAGAGGCGAAAGUUCAUGCGAACUUUACAGCCAAGUCUUGUUGACCGGAUGCCGUUGCGUUGAACUCGACUGUUGGGAUGGCGAGGAUGGUAGUCCGGUUAUAUAUCACGGUCACACAUUCACAAGCAAAAUAUCAUUUAAGGCCGUUGUUGAAGCCAUCAAUAAAUCGGCAUUCGUUGCAUCACCGUAUCCCGUCAUUCUUUCAAUUGAAAAUCAUUGCUCGCUACCGCAACAAAUCCGCAUGGCUCAAAUUUUCCAAUCGACUUUCGGCGAAAAAUUGGUGUACAAGUUCUUAUUCGAUUCAGAUUACAACGAAGAACCGGUGCUGCCGUCACCGACUCAGCUCAAGCAUAAGAUCUUAAUUAAGAACAAAAAAUUGCCAACGGAAAUUCCGGUGCCGUCGACCAGCACAGGUGUUAGAAACACACCACUGCGACACCAGGCCAGUCAACCGGGUCGAACCAGUUCCAUAAUUUCUAACGUGAGCGGUGGUUCAGUACCAGAAGAAUUCAGUGACGACGAUUACGAUGAUGAUGACGAGUACGACAACAUGGAUGAUAAAACAUUCAACAACUUUUUCGGAUCGAUAGACGAACGGACAUCACGUAACAGUUUGUCCACACCAACUAGACGACUGGAAGUGGACGAAAAGCCAAAGAAACGAGGUACUCAAAUAGCCCGCGAACUCUCCGACAUGGUAAUCUACGUGCAAGCAAUCAAAUUCCGUGGACUGAAUCCGUUAAGUCCACGAAACUCUGUGAGAAUACAACCGCCACCCAGUGCGGGUAGUUCAAGUGGAUCGCUUGUGACUGUCGGUAGCAUUCUCAAAAGCAGUACAAUUCCACCGUCGUCUGGCAAUUCGACCAUGACAUCAUUGCCCUCUGUUGAUUCGGGAACGAUGUCUUCGGAACCAGAAUCGUCUGGUGCAUCAUCGCACCGAAAGCUACCGUAUCCGAGCGUCAAUCAUCCAUGUUAUCAAUGUUGUUCAAUACACGAAACAGGUGCCAAAAAACUGUGCCGUAAACUUCCACUGCAAAUGAUUGCACACACCCAAACUCAGCUGAUGCGAACGUAUCCGGCCGGAUUGCGCAUCGAUUCAUCAAAUUUCAAUCCGGUGUUUUUCUGGUCAUGUGGCAUACAAAUGGUGGCGCUAAACUAUCAAACACUGGACCAGCCAAUGCACAUCAAUACGGCCAUGUUCGAAGAAAACGGCUCUUGCGGCUUCGUCUGCAAACCGGAAGUUUUGUGGGACCAAUCACAUUUAAUGUAUCGACGAUUUAACCCGCUGGAGAAGGAAUUUGACGGCCUGCAUUCUUCGCAAAUCGUAAUAAACAUCGUCUCUGGACAGUAUGUGUGCCAGUCGCACCUGUUUGCCAGUACGUACGUCGAAGUGGAAAUGUUGGGCAUUCCAGUCGAUUGCAACAAGAAGAAAACGAAAAUCGUAAAGAAGAAUGCGCUAAAUCCGAUUUGGAACGACACUUUCUUCUUCAAAGUCAUGUUCCACGAUUUAGCUUUCCUUAAGUUUAGUGUUUACGAAUCGGACUCGAAUCAUUUGGUGUCGCAACGUGUUAUACCAUUGAAGUGCCUCCGACCGGGUUAUCGACAUGUUCGCUUAAGAUCACCCACCAAUCAACCGCUGAGUAUGGCCUCCCUGUUUGUUUACUCUCGAGUUGAAGAGGAGAGCCUGGAACGAACUUCUGACGAGACUGAUGAUUUUGCGACCAUACAAGAGGAACCGACACAGGCGGGUGGCGAAAGCACGGCUGACACAUCAGCAAAACCAUCAACAUCAUUAAUUGGUGCCAACAUUCCAUUGAAACGCCGCAUGUUUUUCCUGACGAUUUAUGGUGUGACUGACGAACCAUACACAAUAUUCAAAAUCACCCAGGAAAGUACCACACAAGAAGUCAUCACCCAAGCACUCCAGAAAUCGAAUCGACCCACACAGAAUGUGAACGACUACAUUCUCAUCGAGGAAGUGCAACGAGGAUGGGAGAAAAAAGAUCGUGAACUGCCAGCCACGCAACGUGUUUUGGAUAUGUUUGAGAAACCCUUGCAGGCUCAAGGUCAGUGGCGAGGCGACGGAAAAUUCAUUCUGAAGCGGAUCGGUGACGAUCCGAGUAGUCGAGCAUGGCUGACAUCGAUACGAAGUGUAUCGGAACGUCGAUCAUUAAGCGCGGCUGGAGCAGGUGACUCGAGUGCUUGGGACGAAACGGAGAGUUUCCUCGUAUGCGUGUACAAUGUGUCUCCGGACAUACCGUAUGCAAUUUUAAAGGUUCCGAUCAGCGCAACAGCACAAGACGUUUUAGCUCAGUCGCUGGUUAAAGCCAGGCGUAUGGAAAAUCCGAAUAACUUUGUACUGAACGAGGAACUAGAAUUCGGCAGCAGUGGCACAUCGACCAGUAACACACAACAGCGGUCGCUGUCGGAUAACGAAAAUGUCUACCUAACGCAAGCCAACUGGAAAACGAUUGGUCGAUUCAUUCUGCAGGACAGAACACAGGUGACACCAUCGAUGAGACGCCAUAGAAUAGCAAUUGAUAAAAUAAGUAGAGGACUUAGCAUAAGUAGAGCAGCUGUUUUAAGUAGUACCUCGAAACCACCGAUUAGCGUUGCACUCAGCGAUCCAACAACUUCCCGCACCAAAUCCCGUUCAGAAGAUGCGGGCACCUCACACGGCAUGGGCCGUGGCAUAUUCCGUGCGAAAAACAAUUCCGAACGUGAAACGCCAUCGUGCAGUCCACGGCAAAAGCAACGGGAAACGCGUCGCGAAGUCCAUUCGGAGGGUGAAACGCUUAGCGAUGAAGACGUUAAAGAAUAUGACCUGAUCUAUCGACUGAAAAAGGUCUCGUUAAGAAAAAUGAAAGCCUGGAAAUCCUGAGUAAUAACCAUUUAUGAGGCGUGGUUUUAAUGCAGAAGGCAACCAAAAAAACGACAUCAAAAACCUCGCACCCGAAUGACAUUUUGUGAUCAAAAGAAAUGAAAGAUUUUGAAUUUCAAAAGAAAUCUGGAAAAAUUGAAAACUUUCUUGUGUUGGACUGGACAUACAUGCUUUGAUUACGGAAAAACUUUUAAACUUUUACACAAAUAAAACACACAACCACCUGAAUAUCCCUUCUUCUUGUCCCCUUUCCUCAUCACACGCACAUUCACACAUAAUGUACACGAGAACACACACUUUUUAUACUCAUCCUCGUCCUACUUCAUUGAAUAUUUUCAGAACAUUAUAAAUGACAAAGAGGGAAACAAACAAAAAAAAGAGAAAAAAAACUAAGGAUCUUCCAGUGCCCAUUUUCGUCAUUUAAAAGUGGAUUUAAAUGAUAAACUAAUACUUGACGUGCACCAGACCAUAAACUAUUAAAAGAAUUAUAUCAAAUUAAAAUAAAAAAUAAAAAUUAUUUGAAAGAAGAAAAAAAGAAAAAUUUAGGAAAAUGUUCAUUAAACUAACUACUAAAAAAAACUAAAAAUAUUUUUAAAAAAAUAUUAAGAAAACUAAACAUAUUUGAAUGAGGAAAAACAGCCAGUGAAACUGUUGCUACGGAGAUUUAUUUGAAUGGAAAAGAUACAUUUUAAAAAAAUCGAAAAGCUCAGAAAACAUUUUUUGGCCAAGAAAUUCUUUAAAUCGACAUUCCGCCGUGAAACAAUGUUAGAUGUUCUGUUCUGUUGGCUAGUAAGCCAGCUCGAGUCGAAAUUGCAACACUCGAUGGUUUUAUGACCUGAGUUACCCGAAACCUGUUUUGCCCUGACCUGAAUUAACAGAAGACCUAAAGAUAAUCAGGUUCGACCUGUCAUGUGUAAGGUUUAAAUGAAACGGGUUUAGGUCGAGUCAGGUUUCUCUUUGUUUUUCAGGUCGAGUCAUUACUUGACCGCCGUCAACCGAUUCCAAGCCUACUCUCGGAAAUUUAUAAAAAAAGCAAAAUCUUUCCAAUUUUAACUUUUUUCGUCAAACCAAGUGAUAGCAGCCUCUUUAUUUUUCGUUAUUUACCAGUUUAUAUAAGAAAAACGAAGAAAAAAUCGAUUGCGGCAUUCUAUAUUCAGUCAGCGUUGAGAAAAUUAUCCGAGUAACUUUGGACUUACCUCGGCUUUACAUUGCUGUUUGAAAUUUUUCUUUUCGAUCCGUAUUAUCAGCCACUUCUAGGACUUGCUUUGCCGAAUUUUGCAUUUGAAUUAACUCAUUCUGCUUCAGAUCAGUAUUGUCAUAAGGAAGGAAAUCAAUUACGGCACGCGUAGCACGUCAAUCUAUCCAGAUUUGUAUAGAAUACCUUGCUACAGCCUCGGGGUUUUUUGUUGACCUAAUAGACUGAUCAAAGUCAUAUUACAAAAUAUGAAUUUGCUUCGACUUCAUGGUAUCAUGUCUUCACGUUCAAAAGUCGAUUUAACGAAUGUCUUGGUCAAAGAUCGGUCAACUAAGUUUCAUGAUUCAGAUACAGAUGAAAACUUAAAAAAAAAAUAUUUUAAAAAACGAUAGAGCAAGUAUAUGUAAAAUACACCGAAUACGAAUGUGAAAAAAGAGAAACGUUUCUAAAUAAUAAACAAAUUUAAAAGAUUUUUUUUUUUGAAAAAUUUAAAUAUUUUAUAAAUUAUUUUGUUAGAAUUGUGUUUUUAAAUCAGAGUUCUGGUUUUUUGAAAGAAAUGGCAUUGACUGUUGUUCAAUUUAAAAAUCAGUUUCAUAUUUUAUUUACAAAAAUUUUAGAAUUCUUCUUUAUAAUAGAUAAUAUAUAUUGUGUAAAUAGAAAACAUAAACUCGAAUUAUAAAAAUUAUAAAUUAUACAAACAACAACAAGAACAACAAAACUUGAACUACACAUAAAAUUAGGAUGGAAAAAAAAUUAAAUAAAAAAAUUAUUGA